AUGGCGACUCCUGGUCGCCCUCAAUUUUUCUGUACCCGCCCUGACGGGACACUUACUCCACUCAUCGCUGUUGAUGAGUUGCCCAUCAAUGUCACCAUCUGUGGCGUUUCUCGCACCCUCAAUGCUGGAGAAACCCAGGGGAUGACCAGCUGUGGCCUCGCUACUCAACGUGCUGAACCUUGGACCGUCAACGGGGUUCCCCAGUCCUCAGACCGUGACGUUGGAAAGGAACCUUUGUCAGAUGUGCACAGUCUUUUGUUGCAGGUCCUUACCACCGAGAAUGUCCCCGAUACCAUGCGGUCAUCAGCGCAGGCAAUUCUCAUCAAGGGAAUCGACCGCCCUAACGGACUUGGUGGUCAAGGCACCCCUGCCAGUUCACUGUCUCCUGUCGCGCCAGCAUUCUAUGCGAAGAAUUCCCACACGGGCAAUAAGCAUGCCGCAAGCUCGAAGAAGGAAUAUUGCUCGUACUGGAUUCGUCAUGGCGAGUGUGACUACGCUCAGCAAGGUUGCCUUUACAAGCAUGAAAUGCCCACCGAGUUCCACAUGAUUGAGAAACUUGGUCUGCGUGACAUUCCCCGCUGGUUCCGCGAGAAGCACAACGUAGCCAGCUUUUUGCACCCGAACCGAGAUCGUUCGCAGCUUACCAUCGCGAAUCAGCCUCCCAUGCGGGCACUUCCAUCCCCAGUCCCACCUGUCAACGAGAGCUCCACUAUGCAUGCAGCCCCCAAGUUGAACAAGUCCCCUCCUCGUGGACCAGCCAAUCGUGGGGGUCACAACGGAUAUGGUAACCACAACCAGCACCGUGGAGGCCGCAACGGGGCCCCUAAUGGACAUCAUGGCAACAACUGGAAGGGCACCCAUCGCGGUGGCCGUAACCGAAACAUGGGCAAUGCCCGCAAUGGCGUCAGCAGCGAGCGCGACAGCGAGCGUAGCGGCGAGUAUUCCCCCGACAUGGAAUCUGCCUCGGCUACCUACAACUAUGGAACUCGUGAAUAUGGCAGUAACAGAGUGUGCACCCCGGCCACCCCGGCCGCUGUUCCAGCCUCGGUUCCAAUUACCGUGUCGACUACUGGCAAUGUUGCUGUUCCCAUGGCUCCGCGCCAGUCUCUUUUAGAUGACGGUAACUCCCUCAACCGGAAUGCAUACUGGAAGCUCAGCGAGCUGACCGAUUGUAAUCAAGAUUUCGAAGAUGUUUCGCAGAACCAGUUUGAGCUUCAUCAACGCACCCAGCCGCGUCACGUGUACCAGCACAGCUCUUACCCUUCUUCGGAUGGCGGUGUCAUGCUCCCCAAGGAGCCCGCUGUGACCUACGAUUCGAACUUCGGCGCCUUCACUCGUCCUGAUGUUCCUUCUCGAAACCAGUCCGACUCCAACAGCCCUCAUGGUACGGUUCAGAUGAAUUAUGGACCUUCCAUUUCCCAGGUUGGAGAUCUUCAGCUUAACGACAACGUGCCUCUGAACUCGGCUGAGACCCGUGUCACUUGGGGUCCAAUUGGAGGUCCCAUCCUCAAGCGCACUUCCCCUCCUGCUGAUAACAUUGCACAAAUGUUCGGACCUUACUCCAACCACCCUCACAGCAGCUAG